GUUUCUCAUCCAAUUUUGAUUAGAACGUCCACGGUUGGCGUUGCGUGCGGUUCUCGGUUUUUCGGUUUUCGGUUCUCGAUUUUUGGCGCUCGGCAGUCGGUGCCGAUUUCGCGCGUUUCCUUGCCUUUGCUUUAGUGUUUUAAGUGAGCGUGAAUGUGAAUUUUUUUUUAAACAACAUCUGCCAUCGAGCAGUGGCCCUACACAUGUGUAUGCCUAUAUGUUCAAAUAUAUUCCAUUGAUAUUGUAUAUACAACUGGGAAUAAUCUGUACAGCGGAGGAGUAUCAUCCAGCAAUUAGCUUUCUCACUCGAAUUCCGCAGAGAGGCGGCAACAAGUGUUCGAGGGUUCUUGCCGUCGGGGACUAGGUGUAGGACUGGUUCUGGGGACUGGGGACUGGGGCCAUCUGGGCGUGCAGCUGGCGGCUGUGAGGUGAAGUCCCACUCGUUCACGCCAUGGUAAAGCAGAAUGCGGAAGCUGCGAGAACGGAAAAUGGCACAACGAAUGCAACGAAUCUUAUUGUGAAAAGCGGCGGAAAUGCAAACCAACCAAAGACGAUGACGACAACAGCCAGGACAUCAUCAUCGGCGGCCAAGAUGGCGGAGGCUUUGUCGGCCUCAUUGGCCGACUUGAGCGAACAAGAAAACGGAACGACGGCUGAGGACAUCCACCUGAAUGACUUGUACACCCGCUACCGGCAGAGGCUGCGCAAGUCGCUCUUUACGUCGGGCCUGUUGACAUCAUUGCUGGCAUCUGUGGUGUCGAUAAUAAUUGGCAUCGUUUACGAGCAGCACCUGGUGCAGACGCUCCUGCUGGCAUUGGCGGCCCUUAUCUCCGGCUCCAUACUCACGGCCCUGCAGUUCCCGGCCGUGCUCAGCUCUCCGGCGGCAGCCUUGGCCUUUGCCAUCGUCACCACCUUCUCGCUGGGCACCAUUGCGGCCAUAACCGGGGAUGAGCUGGCCCCCCUGCCCAUGUAUGCAUUGUUUCUGUGCAUCCACUCCAUGCUGCCCAUAUCGUGGCCCGUAUCCGUGGUGCUGGCUCUAUUCAUGACCGCCAUCCACAUCGUUUACCGGAUCGGCACCAGCCCGGACUAUGCACCCGAUUUGCCAAUGCUCUUUGGGGAGAUUGUGAUGCUGGCCAGCGCCUCCAUUUCCGGUCUUUACUAUCGCAUCAUGUCGGACGCUGCCCACAAUCGCACGGUGGACGGCACCCGGACGGGCAUCGAGCAGCGCGUAAAGCUCGAGUGCGAGCGGGAGCAGCAGGAGCAGCUGUUGCUCAGCGUGAUACCCGCGUACAUAGCCGCCGAGGUGAAGCGCAGCAUCAUGCUCAAGAUGGCCGAUGCCUGUCAGCGGGCCGGGGGCCAGGCCUCCACGUCGGCCACACGCUUCCACGAGCUGCACGUCCAGCGGCACACCAAUGUGACCAUACUGUUUGCGGAUAUUGUCAACUUUACGCCGCUUUCCAGCUCGCUGACGGCCAGUGAUUUGGUCAAGACCCUCAACGAUCUCUUCGGGCGCUUCGAUCAGAUUGCUCAGGAGAAUCAAUGCUUGCGUAUCAAGAUUCUGGGCGAUUGCUAUUACUGCGUGUCGGGCCUGCCCAUUUCCCGUCCACAGCAUGCAACAAAUUGUGUCAACAUGGGCCUGCAGAUGAUCGAUGCCAUCAGACACGUGCGUGAGGCGACCGGCAUAAAUGUCGACAUGCGAAUCGGCAUCCACACUGGCAACGUUCUCUGCGGCGUCCUUGGCCUACGCAAGUGGCAAUUUGAUGUUUGGAGCGAUGAUGUUACCCUCGCCAACCACAUGGAGAGCGGCGGUGUUGCCGGACGCGUGCACAUUACGAAGCAAACUCUGGAUUUCCUGGGCGACAAGUUCGAGGUGGAGCAGGGGGAGGGCGGCAACCGGGAUCCCUAUCUGGCGGAUCACAAGAUUGAGACGUAUCUGAUUGUGCCGCCCAGGCCGGCCUACACCUACAGCGUGCCACGUGUGGUGGAGUGCAUCGAGCAGAGCGAUCCCAGUCCCACCGAGGAGGGCAAGGACGCUGUGGACGCAUCGGAGACUGGCCAUUCCCACGAAGAGAAGCUGCUGCCCACCUUUAUGGAGCAGCCUCCACCGCUGCCCGAUGAGAAGAUGUCGCCCACUUCGAUCAAUAGCCAGGAGGUGCCCCUCCAUGCCACUCUCGUCUCGGCUGCCUCCAUGUCCAUCAAGGAGCUGUCCGAGGAGGAGGAGGAGGAGGGCGAGGAUCCCGACGAGGCAGCCGCUGUCACCGAGCCACUGAUGGUCAAGCAGGACCAGGACGGGGAGGACCAGCCCAAGCAAAAUGGCGCGCAUCGUGGCAGCGGCGACUCGGCCGCCUCCGAGUCGGCCGUCAAGUCCGCGGCCCUGUCCCUGCCCGCCGAGGAUCUGCUGAGCAUGAGUGGCAGCGAAAGCGGCAUCUCCAACAGCGGCACCCAGGCGGCAUCCUCCAAUCCGGCCAGUGUCACGCCCACCACACCGGCGCCAGCGGGUGGGGCAUCGUCUGGCCCCAACAGUCUGACGGUGGCCGAGGCGCCAGAACGCUCGCGCCGAAAGUUGUCCGUACAAGGUCUGAUGUCCUUUGCCGACAGACGCCGCUCUUCCGGGGCCUUCAUCGAGGGACGCAAGCUGUCCAUCCACAGCGGCGAAAGUUUCCGCAGUCAUGCGGGACAUGUCACUCGAAAUCGGCCCUCGUCGAAGAUGACGAAAUACGUGGAAUGCUGGGGCGCAGAUCGACCCUUUGCGAAUAUAGCCGAAUCGAAGCUGGUGAAAAAUAUUGGACUGGCGAGCAUCGCCAUGAUUGAAUCAAAUUUACUUCCACCGGAGCGUAAAUGUUUCAAUUUUAAUUUCUUCGGACCCCCGACGGAGCUGAAGCCGUUCACCAUGUGGUACCGGAACACACCCCGUGAGGCCAUGUACCGGGCCCAGCCGGACACGCACUUCCGGUACGACCUGAUAUGCGCCUUCGUGCUCUUCCUCUCGCUGGCCAUCGUCCAGCUGAUUGUAAUUGAAUUGAACCUGGCCCUGCUCGGCUCCCUGCUGGCCAGCUUUGUCUCCCUGGGCCUGUUCCUCUAUCUGAGCAACAUGUCCGUGCCGGAUGUGCAUGCCUCUGCCACGGAGCGCAACGGUCCCGGCCAGGUGGUGGCCAGCAGCCGCUAUCUUCGGCUGGCCAUGUUCAUCAUUGUCAACAUUCUCAUCUCCUCCUGUGCCGUGUUCAGUGUGAUUAACUUUACGUUGCCCGAGGAGCUGGGCAGCGAGCCCUUGAACGGCACCGCCCUUCUGGCCGGCAAUUUCUCGAUGGACUUCGCAAAUCUCACCCUGCUGGAGGAGAGCCUGCAGCCGCUGGACAUUGCCCAUGCCAUACCCAUUGCCCCCAUCUUUCUGUACUGCUGUGCCAUCAGCCUGGCGGGGAUUUCGGCCUUCCUUCGAUCGGGUUUUAUCCUGAAGCUAAUCGCCAUGCUGGUGGCCUUGAUAGGGCAGGUCACAGUGCUGGGCUACAGUGAUCUCUACGUACAGUACAAUCGGCAGAACAUCGAAUAUGGGUUGCCCUUGGAGAUCAAGGGAUUCCUGCUCUUGAUGGUGGUCAUAUUGGUGUUGCACACUCUGGAUCGCCAGGGCGAGUAUGUGGCACGCACGGAUUUUCUGUGGAAGGCCAAACUCAAAGUGGAACAGGAGGAGGUGGAAACGAUGCGGGGCAUCAACAAGAUUCUGUUGGAGAACAUUCUGCCCGCGCACGUGGCAACGCAUUUCCUGCACUUGGAGCGCUCCACAGAGCUCUACCACGAGAGCUACUCGUGCGUGGCCGUCAUGUUUGCCUCGAUACCCAACUACAAGGAGUUCUACGACGAAACGGAUGUCAACAAACAGGGCCUGGAGUGUUUGCGUCUCUUGAACGAAAUUAUAUGUGAUUUCGAUAAGUUGUUGUUGAAGCCAAAGUUCAGUGGCAUCGAAAAGAUCAAAACUAUAGCCAGCACCUAUAUGUGCGCCUCGGGUCUGAGGCCAGGCAAGGAAGACGGCGCUACGUCACGUAGCUUUGCGGAUGAAAAGCGCACCGAGGAGCACAACGUGGUCAUAUUGGUUGAGUUUGCGAUUGCUUUGAUGUCCAUAUUGGAUUCGAUUAAUCGCGAAUCGUUUCAACGUUUCCGUCUCCGCAUCGGCCUCAACCACGGCCCAGUCAUUGCGGGCGUGAUUGGUGCCCAGAAGCCACAAUAUGAUAUUUGGAGUAAUACAGUUAACGUUGCCUCCCGCAUGGACUCGUGCGGCGUCAUGGGACGGCUACAGACAACGGAGAAUACAGCAAAGAUACUGAUGGCCGCCGGCUAUGAGUGCGAGUGCCGUGGCCUCACCUACGUGAAGGGCAAGGGCAAUCUAGUCACCUACUUUGUAAAGACACCAUUCGAUGGGAAAUUGUAGAAACAUCCUCGACGGACUUUGAUACUAUUUAAAGGAUAUAUUUACACAUACAUAUAUGCAUAAUCUUAGCGUCACUUCAAGGCAUCUUCUUAUUUAUUUGCUUAGCUUUUCAUUUUAGUUUUUAAUAAAUAUGCAAGCAUUUAAAAUACGUUGCACACACACACACACACACACAUGUUAAGUAUUUGUUAGCCAAAACUUUGUUUUUUAGUUAGUUGGUAGAUGUUAAAAUGUUAUUAAAUAUUUCGUACGAUUUAUGCAUAGCGAUCACUUAAACAGCGAAUAAUUAUAUACAUACAUAUGUACGAUUCGAAUUAAAAUUAUGCUAGACAAAGAAAAUGCAAAUCAAUCCCCAGAAAUUAUCACCCAAUAAAUAUAGCAAACAAAAUACAUAUAUGCUUAUAUCCUUAUAGUAAAUUUACUGAGCCAGUCUAAUUCACAUUUAAAAAUGCGAGUAUGUAUGUACUUUCCCUUCUUCCGCUAUAAAUAAUUUGUUAUAUAUCAAUAUAUUUAUGUAUAUUUAUGUGCCAUGGAUCAUAUACUGUUUAUAUACUUUCGAGCAACACUAGUUUUAAUUCUUUUAAAGAAUCAAAAGCAAACUCAAACUAAAACUCUAUAUAUUUUUUUACUAAAACCUUUUUUUUACUAACUACUCAGAGCCCCAAAUAACGAUGCUACAUGUAUCUAUAUUACUGUCUAAGAUAAAGGCCACCAAAGUGAACUAUUUUUAAGAGAAAUAUGAGCUCAAUAACUGCAUCUUGAGUACCUAACAUAUCCCAACAGAAUAUGUACACUAUACCUCCGAUGGAAACAGACCUGCUAUAAACACAGAUGGAUUUAUAUUUCAAUCUAUUUGUAAACUCUCCACUUCCCCGAAACUAUUAAGCUAUCUAUAUUCAAAACAAAACAA